AUGCCGACUCACCACCAUAGGAAGCCGCCUCUGCCUUCACCAACGCGUACAAUCUUCGACCCGUUCAACUCCUCCUCGACGGGCCAUCAAAGAGCAGAAAACCGACUAUCAGGAAGCACGUCAUGGCGAGACUCGCGCACCCAUAAGCUUACGCAUCAGCUCAGGGACGCGACAGGGCGUGGCGGACAACAGCACCUGUCUGACCUGGUAGGAGCAGGGAGCGAGGACUUCAACAAGGAUGGCCGCAAGGAGCAAGGCGACUGGGAGGUUGGGGCACCGGCGUUGAGGGAAGAAGGAUGGCAGGAUAUCAGGGGACUGAUGCACGGGAGCCGGAAGCGAUUGGUUGAGGACAACGCGAAUGCAGAACCAAAACCUGGAGACAAGCGAUCGAAGUUGAUUGACCGAUGGCACGAGGACACGGCGUCGGACCGUGAAAACCUCCCACCCCCAUCAGGCAAGCAAGCAAAUGUAGAUGGGACCUCUAUAUCGCCAUCAGCUCCUCGGCCACCGCCCCAAAUCUUCCGCAAUCUCAGGAUGUAUCUGAACGGCUCCACCGCACCGCUCAUAUCCGACCACCAACUCAAGCAUCUCUUUGCGCAGCAUGGCGGAAACACUUCCAUAGCCCUUGGCCGCCGCACCGUCACGCAUGUCGUCCUGGGCAGCGAGCAUGCCGUCGGUGGUGGGCUGGCCAGCGGGAAGAUCGACAAGGAAGUCAAGCUCGUGCGUGGCCUGGGCAAGGGCGUAAAGUAUGUUACCGCGCAAUGGGUCAUGGACAGUGUUGAGAAGGGCGUGAGACAGCCGGAGAGUCGAUAUGUGCCCAAGGGCCUCGAGGGGAGACUGGGAGGGAGCGGGCAGGCCAGUAUUCGGGGAAUGUUUACGCCGGGGACGAAGUGA